AAAUAUUCUAAUAUCGUUCGCGUCAAGUAGUAUAAAUUUCUUCUUCGCAUUUUGUGCUUUCAGCUUCGCUCGACGCUGUUAUCGUUUCGUUGCAACUUCACUUUUAUUUCAGUGGAUCGCGUUAAAUUUGCUUUUUGCUCUUCGUUAACGAGCAACGAGUUCGCGUGUAAAGUUUUAUUCGCUCGUGGACGUCGUUGUUGCCCUCGAAUCAAAACUACUUAGACGAACGUCGUUCAAUGAUCUUGCACGCGCUCUCGACGAGGAUGGCGAGCACGAAUAAUUGCCGUUUGUGAGUGUCGGCGCCGAGAGAGAGGAUCGCGGAAGGCCACGUUCGUGUUGGUACGAGAGAAGAGCAACGAUGUCGGUGAAGCUUCGAACGAGAUCCGCCCAGCCGGCUUCGAGUGUUCAGCUUCGUCCCUCGGGAUCGACCAGCCUGUAAAAAACUUGGAUGAUCGUUGUUGGACAAAGAGGAUCGAAAAGAAAGGGAGAGGCCGUGGUACUGCCUUUUCGUAGCGGAGUAGAAAACGCGAAGAGAUAUUUUGGUAAAUAGUAUCUAAGGUAAUUGGUGGAACGGUAUCACGGCGCGAGACUCGACUAGUUAAAUGGUCGCAUUUGGCGCACAAUUUUCGCUUUUGUCGCGCGUGCCGUGUACCGUGUUCGUUGUUUGCUCGAGAAAAUCGUCGACGAUUUACGAGUAAGAAGCUGGAGAAUCGCGAACGUUUUUCGAUCGAACUUAACCACGAUUAAGCGACUCGUGGUGAAAGUGAAGUGUCUCGGUCUUGGUGAUAUGGCCUUCAUGAUGAAGAAGAAGAAGUACAAAUUCUCGGUGGAGGUGAACUUGGAGGAGCUGACCGCGGUGCCAUUCGUGAACGCAGUGCUGUUCGCUAAGCUCAGACUUCUCGACGGUGGAUCUUUCGUCGAUCAUUCGACCAGGGAGGAAGUGCAGGAGCAUACCGUCAGAUGGGACGCUAAAUUCGGGUUUCUAUGCAAGAUGAGCGCCAACGCGUCCACCGGUAUUCUCGACCCGUGUAUUUUAAGGAUAUCCGUGAGAAAGGAAUUGAAGGGAGGCAGGUCCUUCCAGAAGCUGGGAUUCACCGACCUGAACCUCGCCGAAUUCGCAGGAGCUGGACUCUGCAGAACGAGGUAUCUUCUGGAAGGCUACGACUCCAGACACAGACAGGACAAUUCCAUGUUACGCGUUGCCAUCAAGAUGAACAUGCUGUCGGGAGAUAUUCUGUUUAAAGUGCCGUCUCCGUCGUUGAAGCAAACGCAGCUCGCAGUACCUGGCGUACCAGGUGUUUCCGGUGUGACGACGGACGAAACUGCAUCCGAGAGGUGUACCAAUCGAGAGGAUUACGUAUCCACUGGUUCGUUAGCUGGAAGUAUAGCUAGCGCUAGCAGCGGUUUUGGUAGUCUUCCCAAAAAGAGGCCUGCCCUCUUUUCCUCGGAGCUUCUCAGCGGGACGGAGUCCUACGAUCCAAUGACCCUAAGCGAGAUCGUACCGUCGGCUCUUCCAGUGGAGACUCUAACCGAAGCGCACACAGAGUCGGGCCAUUCUCGCAAUAGCAGCAACACCAGUCAGCUGAGCAAAGGCUCCGGCUAUGGAUCUUUAAAUUCGCAUAGUCAACACAGUAGGCAGAGCAGUAGUGGUGACAGUGGCCACAUUAGGUCACCCUCCUGGCCGGUAUGGGCUCCACGUAUCCCCAAUGUCUCCCAAAAGUCCUCGUGCCAGCAGCCUGCCAGACCCGAGACCUCUCUCGACUCUGAAUCCCCGACCUCGUCUUCCUCGAUGCUGCUGGACCCACGAAACAGGUUCUGGUCUAUACCCAGCCCUCUUUCGUCUCGCGAGGGAAGAUCGAUCGCGCGGAAUCCUCUAAGAUCGAGUAUAGCAGCCGUUCCUCUAUCGAACGAUCAAAGCGAAACGAAUCGAUCGAGGAACGGCGUGGUUUCGAGCGACAACGGUCGCGUUAACGAAAACGCCUGUAACGACUCUGGCGUGUUCAAAGUGCCCGGACCACAGGACGUCCCGCGACACUUGCGAAAGAACGUCGAGAGGAACAGCUUCGACGCGCUAAACGAACGUAACGCGACGAAUUCGGCGACGAACGAUCGGAACGAACGAGGGAACAGCGUGAACGUGCCAACCGCAAAACCGAGAAUCGGUCAGCCAGGUUGGAGAAGUAUCUCGAAAACCUGCGACUGCAUCGAGAAAGGCAAGACGAGUCCGGUUUUGCGGCUGGUUGACCAGGCCAGAGCCGUAUCCUCUCCCGAUCCCCUACAUAGGCCCGAUAACCCCAGAGCCUCGCUACGUUCCGCGACGACCGCUCAGACCCUCAGGGGUAUUGGCGGAAGUCACCGGAAGUUGCUGGACGGGGCGGGGGGCAAGCUGGCUACGGUCGCCACCAGCCCAGCGGACUCCGAAGAGUCCUCCUUAGGGGUACCGGAAGUCGCUCCACCGAGCUCCCAGCACCGAAACAGCAUAACCCCACCAAAUCCUUCCGGUGGUUCCGGUCUCAGCGAAACGGGAUCUCUGGACCGAGCAAAGGCGGCGUUGGAGCGUAGGAAAAAAGCGGAAGAUGGCGCGGGAAAUCCGAUCCUGUGCAGGGUCGAGGUGACCAGGCCGAACCCGGACUCCCUGAUCGACGAACUGAUCAAAGCAACGAACUUGGAGCAGACGGAUCUCGAGAGCUCCGAGACAACUGGACUGCAACUAUUCAUAGCGAAAGACGGGACGACCGCGCUCGGUAGCCACGAGAUCAAAAGUCAGAUGCCCGCGGGUGUGUUCAAGCAGGUGGUGAUGGAAGAGAAUAAUAGGUAACACGAAGCUAUCGCGGCGAGAAGACAGUACGCGAGACAGGCCAGCGCUACGUUUUCGCUGGCCCUGGUGCCAGAGCUCGUCUACGAGGCCUACGAGCCCCGAUAGUUGCGAGGACAACGAAGCUGGACGAGGGAAUCGUCGAGAGGACGGUUGAACGCGGCGACCAUGGACUCACACGCCGGUGCACCUCGAUCUCCUAUCCAAAUUAUUCGUUUCGGUUGCCUAUCCGCCUUAUCGGAGUUGGGCGCUUUACGCUGCUUCUCGUACGUCGCACCGGUAACCCGAUCGAUCGUCCUUUGCGCUCAAAACCUUGCUAAAUCUUUCUUUUUAUACGUCGAGUCGAAAUUUAUGGAACUGAUUUCGCGGUAAUUAGCAAACCCGUGGUAAUUAGACGCGACGAGUCGUACAGGACGCUUCGUCGACGAAAACCGGUGCACGGGUGCACGCAGCUCGGCCACGCGACGCGUAUUCUCUUCCGCCAAGUCGAAGCACAAUAAAAAACGAUUCCUCUUUUUCCCUUUUCUUUUUCUUUUUUAUUUUUCAAUUUUCUUCUCGUCGACCGUGCUUCGAGAGCAGAUCGAAAAGCGUGUUGUUUACGUAAUUAAACGAGAAAAAGAUAGUUUUGACAGAGAUCGGAGAUAGCGUAUUAGAAAGCGCGCAUCGAUGCGCGAGAAGAAUGAAAAAUGAGAGAUAAACAGAGAGAGAGGAAAAUAUGACGAAGCGCGAUCGGCGCUCAAUGCGUAACGUUAAAACCGUUCGACGUCGAGUAGCGUUGAACGAUGCGCUUCUUUUUUUUUUCUACCUGUGUUCACGGUUCCUUUGUCGUUCGCGUAGACGACCGUGCGGUAUACUACUAUAAAGCGGACCGAAACACGCGCGUUCGUUUCGAUCCUCGAGAGGACUCGAUAUCGGACAACGUUUAAAAAAUAUAAUGUAAGAGAAAACGCGAGUCUAGCGAGCGUAGACCCGCUGCACGCGCGCUAACGUACAAAAAAUAUUUUUGAACGAUUCAUUUCGGCUAUACUUUUUCCUUUUCGUCGAUUUUUUCUAUCGUUUAAGAUACAAGCGUUUCGUAUGUACAUAUAUUCAUGUAUAUAUAUAUAUACACACGCACAUAUGUACAUCUGUAUAUGUGCAUGUGUGCGCGCGCGCGUGUGUGUAUAUAUAUAUAUAUAGAUAUACAAAUAUAUAGCGUUCUAUCGUUCAGUUGGUUCGCUCGAACCGAACGGAUUCCGCGUCGGACGUCUUCGUCGCUGUUUCGAUGAUGUAUUUAUUUUUAUUCAUGGAUUUAACUCCACUUUGUAGUACGUAUUUCCGUCUAAUAUAUUCUCGCGAAUCGAUUUUUGUCGCGACGGUUCUGUACUUUGUAGCCUCUAUGCCGGCUCCUUUCUUUUUCCUCUAGUUUCUUUUUUGCUCUCGUUCGCGUAUGCGACCUUUUGCGUAUGCGUGCUUGAACGUUGCGUGUAUGAGAAAGACAGAACGAGAGAGAGAGAGAGAGAGAGAAAAGAGCGUCGUUUCCUCCUCCCUGUCGCGAGAGGAGAUUCCAUUGUACGAGACACUUGGAAUCGGCGAAACGAGAUUCAUCAAGUGCCACAUUAUUUAAUUUUCGAGGCUGGACAGUUUUCCGUGAUAUUACUCUAUAAUUGUCGUAUUCUCGUCCUCGUACCUUUUCCGCUAUCCCGUUAUUAAGCCAGAGAUACGAAGCGAAAACAGGGGAAAGAAACGCAUAGAAGGAAUAAAGGAAGGAAGAAAGACGAAGAAGGAAGCUGGAGUUUGAUUUUUUGGUUAUCUGGUGCGAUCGGCGACCGCGUUAGCGAUUCCUUGUAUAUAGAGCGAUAGUAAUUGUUACGUAGGUAAAUGGCUGGUGUUAUAUACCGUUCGUCCUCUCCCCCAAUUACUCCAAUUACCUGUAACUGCUAGCGUAUCGGGCGCGGACGGCGUCGGCGAAAGUUCGUCGCGCGUCGUCGUCUACGAAGAAAAAUGGCAAGAAGCGAGAAGACGAUAACGUUUUGUGUACAUAAGCGUGCCUGAAUACGUCGAGCGUGAACGAGACUCGUAGAGAGAGACGGAGAGAAAGACAGCGAAUAAUCGCGGUACGCAAGGAGGAACCGUGGAGAAGAAAGCCAGAGGAAGAAGAAAGAGGAGGAGAAGAAGGGAAAAGUUGCUCCUUGUUUGGCGCCUUGCGACCAGCCAUUCCGUUUCGCCGGUAGACUAACCAACUAAUUAAAGAAACGAAGCAGAAAAAGUAACGAUUAAGACAAGCGCGAAGCGUGUAGCAAUCGUGCGCGCAAAAAUCAAAAGCUUUCGCUCUAAGAAAAAAGUCUAGCCUCUUUGUUUCUCGUCUAUAUUUUAUACAAGCUUCCAGAGCGAAGAUAGCUCUUGGCUAAUUUUAACUAUUCCAUCGUUCUCGCGCUGCAAUUUUAUUUUACUUUAGCUCGACUCGCGUUUCGUCGUUUCGAUACCUUCUACGUUCUCGAUAAAACGAACCAACAGUAUUCGCGCCUACGCUUGUUUUUCGCUAACGCGCGUAUCGCUACGAUCACUGCGAUCCACGAUUCCCUACUUUUUCUACUUUGUCAUGGAUAUUACGGGCUCGCGUGUAAGUCGCCAAGUCGAAAUUCCAAGCCUGGAGCGUGAUCUAUUCGAUACAGUUUGAUCCGAUCGAACGCUGCAACAAGCGAGAUAUGUCACGGACGUUACAGUGCGACGCGGUAACCUAUUACUUAACGGAAAAACCAAUAUCGCUCGAACGACGCGCUGGAUAAUUGUACGCGUAAGAGUUUCGUCGCACUUCCUUCCAUUUCCCACGAUAACGUAAAUCGUCUAUCGGAAGGUAUAAAAAAAAAAAAAUUGCCCGACCAACGCAAGCAAGUGCGACUAAUCGACGUGGAACGAAACUGGUAAUCGAGAGCCCGUAACUCCGUCGUCCCCCCGCGAUCUUUCCUCCUCUACGAUCAUUCCGUUUCUACUCGUUUUCCAUUACGCUGUUUGCCGCGGUAUUUUUCUCCGAUGCUCGUCCGAUUUCCCUACGGAUCACCGUGUCACGUCGCUGCCGAGUCGCCGACCGGUACGCGCGUCGUACGCUAUUUUUUCAAGGUACGUCGAUGCGGAGACAAAUUUUUAUUUAAAAAGACGCACGCUGUUCGGCGACCGGCGAUCCUUGUACCCGUGCGCCGCGCAAAUUCCUCCACGGUUCUGCCUAUCUUACUCUGCCUAGCGUUACUCUUCUCUCGCGUCGCGGAUGUUCUUUUAAUUUAUUCCAGUCGACCGAGUCCGGACACGCGAAGCGAAACGAGCGUGGUAUCGUUCACCUCCAAGUCCACGGUCCAAUCAUCGAGCGGUUCGUUCGCUGUCUCGUGUCCCAAUCGCGCGAAAUACCCGUCGAAGACCAAGGUGUGUCGAGGUCUAAGUCAGGCUGAGAACGUCGCGGGGGUACGUGAUUUCACCGGCCGAUUUCGCGCUGUUACGUUCUCCCCUGCGAAGAAAAGGAGUCCUUCGUACUCGAAGAACCAGUUUUCGUAGGAACGCGCGUUUCUAAUGCGUUUUGUUAGCCCGGUCCGGUUUUUUGUAACGCGACAGGCACCGCGCGGCUCUUUGUGCUUCCAGAGGCACGAGAUCGACGAGCGUUCGUUUUCUGCCCGGUGGAAAUUCUCAAGACUUCCCGCAGGGUUCGAGGUAAAAGACGCGCGUCUUUCUCGCGCGUAUAUCGGACGGACGCGAUCGACGCGUUGUCGCGUUCCUUUCUUUCUUUCUUUCUUUCUUUAUUCGCUUAUUACCUUGGACCGUACGGCCUUUAUAUUUAAGCGUCGUUCUUCUUCUUUCUCCGUGCAGGAGUCGCGCGAAAAACACCCGGCAGAUAUUAACGUUGUGAUAUUUUGUAAUAUUGUAACGAUUACUCGUUGAGUCGCCUCUGUAUUACGAACUAUAUUACACGAACGAGUAUCAACUCUUUUGACGUUAAAAGCUGACUUUUGGAACGCGGCUCUCCGGCGGCCUGUAACGUCCGUUUCUUCUUUUUUUUCUUUUUUGUUUCUUAUUUAUGAUUGUUGACGUUUUGUCUGAUUCUUACUUUGUGAGAUGGAUGCGAAACUAUCAUGUGCUGAUAAUAAUACAUUGAAAAUCACAAGUUA